UACUUUCACUAUAAAACAACCAAUCUGGCCUCUGUGGCCUUGGAAACACUCGGCAGAUAUCGCUAGCAGCACUUACAAUAACUAAACGCAGUUAGUCGCAUAGUGCGCCAAACACUGUAUCACCAUCCAACAGGGGCCUCCUUUGGGGACCACUGGGGACCGUCAACGCUGACAAACUCGGAUCCGACGCUGCCGCACUUUGCGAUAUCUGGCACUUUGCCUUCCUUUAACGCGCUCCUCUCCAUUCAUCAAUCCUUCCAUCUCAUUUACCUUUGCCGUCGGGUACCGUUUCUUUUUUUUGCCUUGCCUUUCUUGUACAUAAGCAGCCCGCCCCAUCUCCGCGAGGUGGCCUCGUUACCUAUGCGUUAUCUUUGAACGGUCAAAGCAUUGUUUCACAUCCACACUACUGUUCAAAUGUUAUAGCCUCCGAAGAAAACGAGUAAGACCGUGAUCUCGGCGUCGCAUUCGACCGGCCUGUUUCUCUCCAGAGUCGCAAUCGAUUUCCGAACUUCACCCUGGCCACCGAGUAGUUUUGUGGAGGAGGGAGGACGAGCACCUAACAACCUAUUCACUACUCCAGUAUUACACGAUAUCGGGUGCCACCACUACAAUGGCCCCUCCUCAAUCACAGUCGCUAUCAGCGCCCCCCGCGCACAUGGCUACUACGACACUGAAGGUUGAGGGCAUGACCUGUGGCGCAUGCACCUCAGCCGUUGAAGCGGGCUUCAAAGGUGUCGAUGGAGUAGGAAAUGUGUCGGUCAGUCUGGUCAUGGAAAGAGCGGUGGUUAUGCACGACCCCCAAAGAAUAUCCGCCGAACAGAUACGAGAAAUCAUCGAAGACCGAGGAUUCGACGCCGAAGUACUAUCUACAGACCUCCCGUCGCCGGUUGCGCCGCGCAACUCGUUUGGCGUAUUUCCUACGGACGAUGGCCCGGCUAUGAUGGUCACAACGGUCAAGAUCGAAGGGAUGACGUGCGGCGCUUGUACAUCUGCGAUCGAAGGCGGGUUCAAGGACGUCUCCGGGGUAAAACACUUUAGCAUCUCGUUGCUGUCAGAAAGGGCAGUGAUUGAACAUGACCCGGCGCUUUUGGCUGCUGAGGCGAUUUGCGGGAUCAUUGAGGACAGGGGGUUCGAUGCCGAGGUGUUGGAAAGUACGGAAAAGCAACAAGAGGCGGAUGCGCUGGUGGACUCGGGCAAAACAUCAUCAACAGCCGCCACCACGACGGUUGCGAUCGAGGGCAUGACUUGCGGAGCGUGUACCUCGGCCGUGGAGGAAGGGUUCAAAAAUCUGGACGGAAUUCUGCGCUUCAACAUCAGUCUGCUUGCGGAACGGGCAGUGAUCACCCACGACCCAAUAAAAAUUCCAGCGGACAAGAUCGCCGAGAUCAUUGAAGACAGGGGGUUUGACGCCAAGAUUCUGUCAACGGUUUUCGAGUCUUCGGAUUCAUCAAGUGGAGGCUCAUCAACCGCCCAGCUCAAAAUUUAUGGGAACUUGGACGCUGCGGCUGCUCAGGGGCUUGAGGAGAAGCUGUUGGCGCUGCCUGGCGUCAGCAGCGCAAAGCUUGCUCCGAGUUCAUCUAGACUAACGGUUGUGCAUAAGCCAAACGUCACAGGCUUGCGCGUGAUCGUGGAAGCUGUCGAAAACACGGGUUUCAACGCCCUGGUAGCUGACAACGACGACAACAAUGCACAGCUGGAAUCACUCGCCAAGACCAAGGAGAUCAACGAGUGGAGGCGCGAUUUUAGGAUCUCUCUAUCGUUUGCAAUACCAGUGUUCAUCAUCAGCAUGAUUCUACCCAUGUGUGGGCCCCUGGACUUUGGGUCUAUCAGACUCAUCCCGGGUCUCUAUCUCGGCGACGUCAUCUGCCUGGGUCUCACGGUGCCUGUUCAGUUUGGCAUCGGCAAGCGAUUCUACAAGUCAGCGUACAAGUCUAUGAAGCAUGGCUCACCCACUAUGGACGUGUUGGUCGUUCUGGGUACAUCCUGCGCCUUCUUCUUUAGUGUCAUGGCCAUGUUGGUUUCGAUCCUCAUGCCUCCACACACUAGGCCAGCCACCAUCUACGACACCAGUACCAUGCUUAUCACUUUCAUCACACUUGGUCGCUUCCUGGAGAACCGCGCAAAGGGUCAGACUUCCAAGGCUCUGUCCCGGCUGAUGUCGCUGGCCCCAUCUAUGGCUACCAUUUACGCUGACCCCAUCGCUGCGGAAAAGGCUGCUGAAGGGUGGAACAAGGAAACAUCUGCUGGUGACGCAAACCAGCCCCUGGAUGGUUCUGCCGCUGAAGAAAAGGUCAUUCCUACUGAGCUUAUUCAAGUGGGAGACAUUGUCAUUCUCCGACCUGGUGACAAGAUCCCCGCAGACGGUACCCUGGUCAGGGGUGAGACCUAUGUUGACGAAAGCAUGGUCACCGGCGAGGCGAUGCCUGUGCAAAAGACCAAGGGCAGCAACGUGAUCGGUGGAACCGUCAACGGCCAUGGGCGUGUCGAUAUUCGCGUCACCAGGGCCGGCCGUGACACCCAGCUCAGUCAAAUCGUCAAGCUUGUCCAGGACGCGCAGACCAGCCGCGCUCCUAUCCAGCGUUUGGCUGAUCUCCUUGCUGGUUACUUUGUUCCUAGCAUUCUGUUCCUUGGUCUCAUGACGUUCCUCGUCUGGAUGAUCCUCAGUCAUGUCUUGUCCCACCCGCCUCAAAUCUUCCUGGAGGAGGCCAGCGGCGGCAAAAUCAUGGUCUGUGUCAAGCUCUGCAUCUCGGUUAUCGUCUUUGCCUGCCCUUGCGCCCUCGGCCUUGCCACUCCCACCGCCGUCAUGGUCGGAACCGGCAUUGGCGCUGAGAAUGGCAUUCUCGUUAAGGGCGGCGCGGCUCUCGAGACCACCACCAAGAUUACCCAGGUUGUUCUUGACAAGACGGGUACCCUUACCUACGGCAAGAUGAGCGUGGCCAAGACGACCAUCGUCUCCGCAUGGGAAAACAAUCAAUCCCUCCGCCGUCUCUGGUGGACCAUUGUUGGUCUUGCCGAGAUGGGCUCCGAGCACCCAGUAGGCAAAGCCGUCUUGGGCGCCUGCCGCACCGAACUCGGUCUCGGACCCGAGGGCACAAUCGAGGGCAGCGUCGGCGACUUCACAGCAGCUGUUGGGAAGGGCAUCAGCGCGCUCGUCGAGCCGGCCGUCGGUGGAGAAAGAAAACGGUAUCAAGUCCUCGUGGGCAACGUGAAGUUCUUGAGAGAAAACAACGUUGAUGUCCCCGAGUCGGCUGUUGAAGCCUCGGAGAAGAUCAACACCGCAGCCAACUCUUCCUCCUCUUCCUCCCCUUCCUCACCCGCCCCCGUCCGUAAAGCUCAAGCAGGCACAACCAACAUCUUCAUCUCCAUCAACGGCUCCUACUCUGGCCACUUGUGCCUUUCCGACACCAUCAAGGAAAACGCCGCCGCCGCCAUCGCAGUCCUCCACCGCAUGGGUGUCAAAACCGCCAUGGUAACCGGCGACCAGCGCCCCACCGCCCUUGCUGUCGCAGCCGCGGUUGGGAUCCCCCCCGCGGACGUCUACGCUGGCGUGUCGCCCGAUCAGAAGCAAGAAAUCAUCAGACAGAUUCAGGAUUCAGGGGAGGUGGUCGCCAUGGUGGGAGACGGCAUCAACGACUCACCUGCUCUUGCCACGGCGGACGUCGGCAUCGCCAUGGCUUCUGGUACGGACGUGGCGAUGGAAGCGGCCGAUGUGGUCCUCAUGCGGCCCAACGACCUGAUGGACAUCCCUGCUGCUUUGCACCUUGCGAGAACGAUCUUUAGGAGGAUCAAGAUGAAUUUGUUGUGGGCGUGCAUGUACAAUGCUGUUGGGUUGCCGUUUGCGAUGGGGUUGUUUUUGCCGCUGGGGUGGCAUCUGCACCCUAUGGCUGCGGGGGCGGCGAUGGCGGGGAGUAGUGUUAGUGUGGUGGUUAGUUCGCUGUUUUUGAAGUUUUGGAAGCGGCCGAGGUGGAUGGAGGAGGGUGGGCUCAAGCCGAAGGGGGUAGUGGAGAGGAUGGGUGAUGGGAUUGUGAGUGGGAUGGAGGGGUUGUUGGGGGUUUUCAUGGGGAGGAAGGGGGCUAGAGGGGAGGGGUAUGUGCCGUUGGAUGAUUUGGAGAAUGGGGGGCGGUAGGGUAUGAGAGGGAAGGGUUGAUGUUUGAUAGGUACCUUACCGGGCAUAAGGGAGGGGCGUUGGCAUACCAGGAGGUUUAGUUUUCCUUGCUUCCCUGUGUUUUGUUCUGUUGUCCUUUGGUUUUGAUAGUGAGAGGUAGAAAUGUUGUUGUUGAAUUCCCUUUUUUUUUUGUUUAUGGUAUUUUGUUCAUUUGCUUUGGUUUUGAGACGUAGUGCCGUAUUUAUAUACCCUCUUUUUGAACGUUGAGCAAUGCUCGUCUGCGGUCGUGUCGUGUAUUUGCUCGAAUCGAUGUUAAAGUAUCGUUGUCUCGUUCGAGCAGUUGCGAUAGUCUUCGAGAAAGGAAC